AUGGUACAUCAAACAGCACUCAGUCGCUACGGUGGAUGGCUUCCAAAAAGCCGCAAAAUCCACAAGGCUUUUAUUGACGAGCAAGUCAAGCGAGCCAAGCUUAGGCCUGUCAGAAAUGUAGAAGAACUCGAGCCAUCUGUCGCCGCUUUUAAAAAUGCAAUAGACUCUGAUCCCGUCAUGAAGAGUUUAAUGACCAAGAUAUUCGAACAAGUAUCACCGGAGAAUCUGAUUCCAGAUUUUGACAGCUUGGUAACCAUGAUGAACAAUGUUAUUGGCGAAGCUCCCAAAUUCCAGAUUUUACCAGGACUCGAAUCAGAGCCCAUCGGUGUUCCAAUGUAUCUGCUAUUUGACUUGCUCAGUAACACUGGUGCUGCAUAUGAUCUCUUCCGCAUGCCCGCUUUCAAUAUCGCCUUGAAAAACGUUCUCGACGCUUGGGGUGAAUAUCUCACAACAGAUGCAUCAAACUCGACCCUUACAGAUAAGCCUGAGGGUUGGUUCGGGAAGAUAGCCCUAAAGUCGCUCGAGGACGGUCGCGGGGACUUCAAUUCGACCUAUAUCACCCCUGAUCCCGAGGCUGUCAACCGCGGCUACCAGUCCUGGGACGAGUUCUUCACUCGUAAAUUACAGCCAAACGUUCGUCCUAUCGACGAUCCCCUGAACAACUGUCUCAUCCACAGUGCCUGCGAAUCUACACCCUAUCGCAUCCCAUCCCCAUCGGAAAGUGUCAAAGCACACGACCAAUUCUGGCUGAAAGGCCAACCUUACUCGCUCUGGGACAUGUUCAACUUCGGACCCGGUCACAAUGACGAACGCCAAUUCUACGUUGAAAAAUUUGUAGGCGGCAAAGUAUAUCAAGCAUUCCUUUCACCUCAGGACUACCACCGCUGGCACAGCCCUGUCAACGGCACGAUUGUCAAGACUUUCACUCUUCCCGGCACAUACUAUGCUGUACUACCAGACAAUGGUGCAGAGCCAGACGACCCUUCUCUCGAAGAACGUGAUCCCCAUGGAGCCUUGAUCCGUUCUCAGGCAUGGCUCACUAUGAAUGCUGCACGCGCCAUCAUCUUCAUCGAAGCCGACAACCCAGAUAUCGGCCUCUUGUGUUUCAUCGGCGUGGGCAUGGCAGAGGUGUCUACUUGCGAUGUAACUGUCAAGGAUCAGCAACAAGUCAAAAUCGGCGACGAGCUUGGGAUGUUCCAUUUCGGUGGCUCAUCUCACGCCUUGAUCUUUGGUCCCCACGUCAAUAUUACGUUUUUCGACGACGUAGUUAUCGACCAACACCUUUGGGUAAACUCUAUCAUCGCUGGAGUCGAACCCCGCAAGUAA